AUGCAGGCACUUCGAAAACAAUUGGCAAGGCCUGCGGGCUCCCUUUUGCGCCAGCUAACCCAGCGAAGCUACAGCUCCUCUUCCCUCAGCUACGCCGACACAAUCAAGAACCUGCGCAUCAACAGCGACACCAAGGUCAUCUUCCAGGGUUUCACGGGCAAGCAGGGGACCUUCCACGCCCAGCAGGCGAUCGAAUAUGGCACGAAGGUUGUUGGUGGCACAAAUCCCAAGAAGGCCGGCACAACGCACCUCGGUCUGCCGGUCUUUGCCUCCGUGGAGGAGGCCGUAAAGGAGACGGGCGCAACUGCGACGGCCAUCUUCGUGCCGCCCCCACUUGCCGCCGCCGGCAUCGAGGAAGCUAUCGCUGCCGAGGUGCCUCUCGUUGUGUGCAUCACAGAGGGUAUUCCACAGCAUGAUAUGGUGCGCAUCACCUCGAUCCUCAAGACUCAGAAUAAGACCCGCCUGGUGGGCCCCAAUUGUCCGGGUAUCAUUGCCCCAGGACAGUGUAAAAUCGGCAUCAUGCCCGGCUUCAUUCAUAAGCGCGGCCGCAUCGGCAUCGUCAGUCGUUCAGGUACCUUGACUUAUGAGGCUGUUAACCAAACCACCAACGCUGGUCUUGGUCAGUCGCUUGUCGUUGGUAUCGGUGGCGAUCCAUUCAGCGGCACCAACUUCAUCGACUGCCUCAAAAUCUUCCUUGAGGACGAGGAGACUGAUGGCAUUAUCAUGAUCGGUGAGAUCGGUGGUUCUGCCGAGGAAGAUGCGGCCGAGUUUCUCAAAGAAAAGAACGUUGUCAAUGGCGGCAAACCUGUCGUUUCCUUCAUUGCUGGUAUCUCAGCUCCUCCUGGCCGUCGCAUGGGUCAUGCCGGCGCUAUUGUCUCUGGCGGCAAAGGUGGUGCAGACUCCAAGAUCAAGGCCCUUGAGGCCGCUGGUGUCAUCGUUGAGCGCUCGCCUGCCGGGCUCGGCAAGGCUCUUCAUGACGAGUUCGUCCGCCGUGACUUGCUCUAA